AUGAGGACAAAAGCCAUUUACCAAGAUGGCAGAGCAGAAAUUGGCAGCAGCGUUCUGGGCAACUCAGACAGACGCAGCAGCAUGAGUUUUCUCCUGAAGCCCCUGAGCGGACUGACACUCAGUGCCCAGAAUGGCGUUCCGCGGCCACACCUAAACCAGUCCCUGCCUCUGAAUUUUAAUGACAUCAGGGAGCAAACCAAGGUGGAGUAUGAGUGGAAACCUGACAAGCAAGGACUUCAGCAAAUCCUGCAGCUGUUGAAGGAGUCCCAGUCCCCAAACACCACCAUCCAGAGAACCGUGCAGCAAAAACUGGAACAACUCAAUCAAUAUCCAGAUUUUAACAACGACUUGAUUACAAAAUUAAAAUCCGAAGAUGAACCUAUGAGAUCAUUGAAUGGUCUCAUCUUGAAGAAUAAUGUGAAAGCACAUUUUCAGAACUUCCCAAAUGGUGUAACAGACUUUAUUAAAAGUGAAUGUUUAAGUAAUAUUGGUGACUCCUCUCCUCUGGUUAGAGCCAAGGUUUAUAUUUUGAUUACAACCAUAGCCUCCAAGGGAGAAUUGCAGAAUUGGCCUGACCUCUUACCAAAACUCUGCAGCCUGUUGGAUUCUGAAGAUUACAACACCUGUGAGGGAGCAUUUGCUGCCCUUCAGAAGAUAUGUGAAGAUUCUGCUGAGAUUUUAGAUAGUGAUGUUUUAGAUCAUCCUCUCAACAUCAUGAUUCCCAAAUUUUUGCAGUUCUUCAAGCACAGUAGUCCAAAAAUAAGGUCUCAUGCUAUUGCAUGUGUCAAUCAGUUUAUCAUCAGCAGGACUCAAGCUCUGAUGUUGCACAUUGAUUCUUUUAUUGAGAAUCUGUUUGCACUGGCUGGUGAGGAAGAACCAGAGGUACGGAAAAAUGUUUACAGGGCGUUUGUGAUGUUGCUUGAAGCUCAAAUGAAUCUCCUGCUUCCUCACAUGCACAAUAUAGUUGAGUACCUGCUACAGAGGACUCAAGAUCAAGAUGAAAAUGUGGCUUUAGAAGCCUGUGAAUUUUGGCUAACUUUAGCUGAGCAACAAAUAUGCAAAGAUGUACUUGUAAGACAUCUUCCUAAGUUAAUUCCUGUGUUAGUGAAUGGCAUGAAGUACUCAGAUAUAGAUAUUAUCCUGCUUAAGGGUGAUGUUGAGGAAGAUGAAACAAUUCCUGAUAGUGAACAGGAUCUAAGGCCACGUUUUCACCGAUCAAGGACAGUGCAGCAGCAUGGUGAAGAUGAAGAGGAAGAAGAUGAUGAUGAUGAAAUGGAUGAUGACGAUACAAUUUCUGACUGGGAUCUAAGAAAAUGUUCCGCUGCUGCCCUAGAUGUUUUUGCAAAUGUAUAUCGUGAUGAGCUACUGCCACAUAUUUUACCCCUUUUGAAAGAAUUACUUUUUCAUUGUGAAUGGGCUGUUAAAGAAUCAGGCAUCUUGGCAUUAGGAGCAAUUGCUGCAGGUGGCAUGCAAGGCGUGAUUCCAUACCAGCCCGAGCUCAUUCCUCACCUUAUUCGGUGCCUCUGUAAUAAAAAGGCUCUUGUGCGCUCCAUAAUGUGCUGGGCUUUUAGCUGCUAUGCACACUGGGUAGUCAGCCAGCCACCACACACGCAUCUGAAGCCAUUAAUGACGGAACUGCUAAAGCGCAUGCUGGAUAGCAACAAGAGAGUACAAGAAGCUACCUGCGGUGCCUUUACUACCCUAGAAGAGGAUGCCUGUGCAGAACUCGUUCCUUACCUUGCUUAUAGACUUGAUACCCUGGUCUUCGCGUUUAGUAAAUACCCACAUAAGAACCUGCUCAUUCUCUAUGAAGCCAUAGGAACAUUAGCAAAUUCAGUAGGACGUCAUUUAAACAAGCCAGAAUAUAUUCAGAUGCUAAUGCCUCCACUGAUCCAGAAAUGGAAUAUGUUAAAGGAUGAAGAUGAAGAUCUCUUCCCUUUACUUGAGUGCCUGUCUUUGGUUGCCACAGCCCUGCAGUCUGGCUUGCUUUCGUACUGUGAACCUGUGUAUUAGCGUUGUGUAAACCUAGUGCAGACGACUCUUGCACAAGCCAUGCUGAACAAUGCUCAACCUGAUCAACACGAGGCUCCAGAUAAAGAUUUUAUGAUAGUGGCUCUUGACUUACUGAGUGGCCUGGCUGCAGGACUUGAAGGCAACAUGGAACAACUGGUAGCCCGAAGUAACAUCCUAACACUAAUGUAUCAGUGCAUGCAGGAUAAAAUGCCAGAAGUUCGACAGAGUUCUUUUGCCCUGUUAGGUGGCCUGACGAAAGCUUGCUUUCAGCACGUUAAGCCUUGUAUAGCUGAUUUCAUGCCAAUAGUGGGAACCAACCUAAAUCCAGAGUUCAUUUCAGUCUGCAACCAUGUCACUUGGGCAGUUGGAGAAAUCUCCAUUCAAACGGGUAUAGAGACGCAGCCUUAUAUUCCUGUGGUGUUGCACCAGCUUGUAGAAAUCAUUAACAGACCCAACACACCGAAGACAUUGUUAGAUAAUACAGCAAUAGCAAUUGGUCGUCUUGGUUACGUUUGUCCUCAAGAGGUGGCCCCCAUGCUACAGCAGUUUAUAAGACCUUGGUGCACCUCUCUGAGAAACAUAAGGGACAAUGAGGAAAAGGAUUCCGCAUUCCGUGGUAUUUGUACCACGAUCAGUGUGAAUCCCAGUGGCAUAAUCCAAGAUUUUAUAUUUUUUUGUGAUGCAGUUGCAUCAUGGAUUAACCCAAAAGAUGAUCUCAGAGACAUGUUCUAUAAGAGCCUUCAUGGAUUUAAAAAUCAAGUUGGGGAUGAAAAUUGGAGGCAUUUCUCCGACCAGUUUCCUCUUCUGUUAAAAGAAUGUCUUGCAGCUUUUUAUGGUGUUUAAUCUAAUACACUUAAGCUGCAGUCCCAAAAUUAGGGGUCUUUCGGUCUUGGAGACUAUGAGGGAGGCUCUGCACCCAGGGAAAAUGUUGCCCUUUUCAGGGGGGAAGGGUAAACCAGUAGGGAAUACAGUACAAUCCCAACCCUACUGGGAGGGGCGGGAGGGAGGUGUUGCCGUCACUGCAUUAAGUCGAUGUUGGGAAA